AUGGCAACAACAGUCGACAUCACUGAACAUUUUCUUGUUCCACCAAGAAUCAUUUAUGAGUGUUUGAAUGACCCCGAGAGAUUGACUGCGUUGAUGCAAUCACCAGUCCAAUACAAAGCCGUUGUUGGUGAAGAGUUUGUGUUAUUUGGUGGCGCCGUGUCUGGGAAGGUAAAAGAACUUGACAAGAACAAAAAGAUAGAGUAUUUGUGGAGGUUUAACACAUGGCCAAAAGAAAAGUACUCAACGGUAAUCAUCACAUUGGAAGAGGGUGAUGAGUCUGAAGAAGAGACUGAACUCCAUCUCAUUCAAACUGGUGUUGAACAUCACGACUUAGAGCGAACUGAAGGUGGAUGGAGAAUUAUGUAUUUCGAGAGAAUGAAAAAGAUGUUUGGGUAUUAA